CCCGGGGAGCCGCGGCCGACUGUGCUUCGGCGCUUCGGCAGCAGCGUCCGCGGCUGCGGUGGGCGCGCGCGGUUACCCCCGGCAGCCCCAGCCGCCCGCGGCAGCACCGUCGCCUCGGCCGCCCGAGCGGGCUGCGGGCACCUGGGGGCGGGCUGGGGGGCGCCGGCGGCGGCAGGAGGCGCUGUAGCCAGGGCUGCGGCGCGGGUCCCUUGGCGGCCGCAGGAGGGAGCGGGGCAGGCGCGGUGGGCCCGGCCCCUCCUCCGACUCCUGCGCCGCCGCCUCCCGCCGGGCUCGACCGGCGCCCGCCGUCCCCGCAGCGCCGUUCCGCGCCCGCCGCCCCGAGCGCCCGCGCGCGGGGCUGGCGGGGGCCUCGGCGGGGGAGCGGACGCGCGGGGCCAUGGUCGUGGCCCCUUGACGGGCCGCGGCCGCCUCCAUGAAGCGGAAGAGCGAGCGGCGGCCGAGCUGGGCCGCCGCGCCCCCCUGCUCCCGGCACUGCUCAGCGUCCUCGCAGGGAGUGAAGAAGAGCCGCAGCUCCACGUCGCAGGAACUGCACCGCCUGGACCACCAGGACGACCUGUACCUAGACAUCACCGCUUUUCAUGGAUACUGCUCCAACAAAGAUCGCCUUUGUUUUGCCAUUCUCUACAGCAGACCAAAGAGUUCAUCAAAUGUACAUUAUUUCAGCAUAGAUAAUGAACUUGAAUAUGAGAACUUCUACGCAGAUUUUGGACCACUCAAUUUGGCAAUGGUUUACAGAUACUGUUGCAAGAUAAAUAAGAAAUUAAAGUCCAUCACAAUGAUGAGGAAGAAAAUUAUUCAUUUUACUGGCUCUGAUCAGAGAAAACAAGCGAAUGCUGCUUUCCUUAUUGGAUGUUAUAUGGUUAUAUAUUUGGGGAGAGCUCCAGAAGAAGCAUAUAGAAUAUUAAUGUGUGAAGAUACAUCCUAUAUCCCUUUCAGAGAUGCUGCCUAUGGAAGUUGCAAUUUCUACAUUACACUUCUCGACUGUUUUCAUGCAGUAAAGAAGGCAAUGCAGUAUGACUUCCUUAAUUUCAACUCAUUUAACCUUGAUGAAUAUGAACACUAUGAAAAAGCAGAAAAUGGAGAUUUAAAUUGGAUAAUACCAGACCGAUUUAUUGCCUUCUGUGGACCUCAUUCAAGAACCAGACUUGAAAGCGCAUCUGGUGAAUUUCUUUAUGUAGGUUACCACCAACAUUCUCCCGAGGCUUAUAUUUCAUAUUUUAAGAAUCACAACGUUACUACCAUUAUUCGUCUGAAUAAAAGGAUGUAUGAUGCCAAACGCUUUACAAAUGCUGGUUUCGAUCACUAUGAUCUUUUCUUUGCGGAUGGUAGCACCCCUACUGAUGCCAUCGUCAAAGAAUUUCUGGAUAUUUGUGAAAAUGCAGAGGGUGCCAUUGCAGUACAUUGUAAAGCUGGCCUUGGACGAACAGGCACUCUAAUAGCCUGCUACAUCAUGAAGCAUUACAGGAUGACAGCAGCUGAAACCAUUGCUUGGGUCAGAAUCUGCAGACCUGGCUCAGUGAUUGGACCACAGCAACAAUUUUUGGUGAUGAAACAAGCAAGCCUCUGGUUGGACGGUGACUAUUUUCGUCAAAAGUUAAGGGGACAGGAGAAUGGAAAACACAGAGCAGCUGUCUCAAAACUCCUCUUGGCUGUUGAUGACAUUUCAAUCAAUGGGGUCGAGAAUCAAGAAAAGCAAGAACCUGAACUGUACAGUGAUGAUGACGAAAUCCAUGGAGUGACACAAGGUGAUAGACUGCGGGCCCUGAAAAGCAGAAGACAGUCAAAAACAAACGCUAUUCCCCUCACAGUAAUUCUUCAGUCCAGUGUUCAGAGCUGUAAAACAUCUGAACCUAACAUUUCUGGCAGUGCAGGCAUUACUAAAAGAACCACCAGAUCUGCUUCAAGAAAAAGCAGUUUUAAAAGAGGUGGUUCUCAACAUUGGAAAUGGUGGUCUCGGGGUCAGAUUAUGGGAAAAUUGAGAGGGUUGUACUCAAUACAUUUUUGUAUUUCCAUAGCUCUCUGUUAGGCUUGGAGGAAAUUUUUUUGUUUAUCAGAUACAGCAAAAUUGUUGGAGAAUUAGCUGCAAAUAAGUGUGAUGGUGGGAUAUGAGAACACCAGUGAGUCUGGAAUCCUUCUUUACCUAGGGCCUGGUCUCUUGGCCACAGUACACACCCAGGGGGGUUUAUGCUUUCACCUGGAGCCCAGCAUCUUCCUUUCCUUCAUUAUUACAGGCUAUGACAAGAAAAUGCACGCGUUCCAUGACCAAAUCCAUUGCUCAUUAUUUUUUUGGUGGUUAAUCAUGAACUGAAAGCAGACAUUUCACUUUUAGCAUAUUCCAGGAGCACUCCCCUUUUGAAGGAAGAGCAAAUAACCUACUUACUGUCAUCUCAGGAGGGGAAGGCAGGUGCCCUUUUUGUGUUUGUGCAUCUUUGCCUGGUGUUGACAACACCUGUGGUCCUGUGCUCAUGGCCCAGUGCCUCUCUUAUAACAGACCACAAGCGGCCUGAAGAUAGUUUGAACCAGACUUUAAAGCAUCCUUCACGAUUUUCCUUGCUUCUUGUUUAACUUUCUGCCCUCAUAUCUUUGAGGCUGUGGGAUGGCUGAGUUAGUCUUCGGGGCAGGUUUCGGCAGCCUGCAUCCUGAGGGACUUGCUAAUCCUGAGGGACUAGCUCUCCCACAGGGAGAGCUCUGUGUGUGCGUGUGUGUGUUUUGUUUUUUUAAGGAAUUGUUUAGUUCUGCCAUUCCCCCCCUCUGCUCAUUCUUUCAUUAUAAUUUCACUACAUAUAUUUACUUACACAAGAAUGUGAUAGGGCCUUAGUUCAAGUAGUUGAAGACACCAAUUCAUAAUUUGGGGAUUUUGAAUUUUUCAUUGAAAGGUAUCAAAUAUUCAUAAAUUUUUUAUUCUCUAAUUCCAUUUGAAAAGAAUAUUAGAGAAAUACUGACAGAAAGUCAAAGAUUUAGGUACAUUAUAACAUAAUACCAAUAUGGUAUUUAUAACAGUGAGGAAGAGGAGAUGGGCUGAAGAUUGUUGAAUUAUGCCAAGUGAAUCAAGAGUCAUGUUUUUAAAGAAAACUUAAUGGCCUGGAUAAAUGCUCAUGAAGCAAUAAGUGAAAAGAGCUACACAUAAAAAUUAUGAAAUAUUACUCUAGUUUUGUAAAAGUACAAUAUACUUUAUGUAUAGAAAUGUAUACAUCUACAAAUAUAUGUAUAUGCUUAUACAUAUAUUUAUGUAUAAUAUGUAAGUUUAUGUGUAUUAUACAUAUAUUUAAAUAUUUAUAUAUACAUACAUUUCUAUGCAUGUAUGGAAAUAAUGUAAUGGAAAAAUAUGCUGUAUUAUUAACAGUUCUUCUAUCUGGUAGGACAGUUAGGGAGUUUUACUUUUUUAUCAUUUUCUUUUUCUCCAAAUUUUUUACAAUAAGUAGGGGGAAAUGGGAGCAUUUUAACUUUGACAUUUUAGGUGACUUAAACUAUCAAAAACUCAAAUAAAAAGCCUGCAGUUGGGACUAGUUAGACAUGUUUUGAAUGAACUUUUUUUUUUAGGUAUAAUUACUCAGGCUUCCAUUACAGUUGAGUAUGUCUUGCACAUUUAAAUCUGCUUUCUGCUUUUCUGGAUUGUGCUCUUCAGGCCACAGAGGAAUAGAGUCCAGGAGCCGGGACCACGCAUGCCCAGUCACACCAUGUUCCUCUGAGGGGUGUGGCCCUGCGGCAGUUUUUCCAUCUAGGUCUUGUCUAGUGAUCUAAACUUGUGCUUCUCAGCAGAGGUGGUUCCUGAUUGCAGUGAGCAUCUGCCUGAGGUCCGUGCACCGGAUGCUUUGAGGGGUUGAAAGUAGAAUUCAGACUGAAUACACUUGACUGAAUUUUGAAAUGACUCAAAGCAGUUUCCAGGCAUUUGGGAUAGUGCCAAAAGCCAAAAGGCUUCUUCUGAAUUCUCAGAGUGGACUUUCAGAGAUUGGGAAGGAUGAAGAAAUAAACCAAUGAGAGAGAAUUGAGUUUUGAGUGUGUUUCCCACCUCCCUUCACGCAGGGUCUCCUUGGCCUCUUUUGGGUCUUUGACCUGUGUUCACAUCACCUUAACUGUGAGCCACCUAUAGCUCAUGAAAUGAAGGCAAAUACGUUAUGUACAGGUUCCAUUUCCUGCUUCUAGGAAAUAGAGUUGAUAUAGCCAAGCUGUAGCCUGCAGCUUUUAUCCUACUGAAUAGUAUUCAUUUUUCAUUGAAAAGUAAUGAGGGAAUUGACACAUUUGUGCAUAGUCUGAUUCAGGACAAAGCAAUAUAAGAUUGUUGAGUAAAGUAUUGAAUUGAAAACUUUGCUUUAGACAGCAAUACAAGGAAAUGAACCUAGUAUACCUUUCAGUAUAAAAUAAAUACCUCCAAGGCACCAGCGUUGCCUGUCUGCUGUUACCCCACCUCGGAAGCCUUCUCUUUGCAGGUCGAUGUUCACACAUGAUCGUCCUCGUCCUAUCUGUCCUGCCAUCGGAACUUGACCUUUCAUGCCCAUGUUCUGUUCCCUUCCUAGAGGCUUCCGGGAUGAAGACCUUACCUAAGCUCACUUUCCACUGAUUUGGCUCUUUCGAUUUUUGACAGUUUACUGAGAGGCUGUACGACUUGGGACAACUUUUCCACAAACCCAUUAAAAGAGUGGUUAUUUGGAGGCUGAAAAACUAGGUGGUGUCAUAAAUCUUUGCUGCGGGGAGGAAAUGCCCCCAUGUUUCUCUCCUGGCAGAUGCUCAUUCCCUCUUGUACCCAUUGAACACAAGCCUCAUCUGAGCCUUACUCCUGGGUGCUAGGCUCUGCUAUGGCCCAGCGUUCAGUUCAGGCCUGGAGCGCUGGAGUGUGUGGUGGUAGAUGGAGCACACUGACCCUCAGGGCAGAGAGUGUUCCAUGUGGCACCUUCCUCAUGCCCUUUCUCACGUCUGAAGAAGUAAAUCAAUGGGCUUCCACCUCUCCCAAUUGCUGUUAGAGCUAUAAAUCAUUCUGCUGUUUCUCUUUUAAGAAUUACUAAAUCCAUUGGAGAAUUGAACUGUUUUCCAGUUCUUUCUUUCGGACGAGCUCUCUUAGAGUCUUGAAAGUUCCAUCAUUGUGCCUCUGAUUGAGGACCUGCAGUCACCUCAUGGGGUACAAUCCAGUUCAGUUCAUGUCUUGACCCAACAUACGUACCAUCAAGUGCAUGUUUCUAUAAGCAUAUGCUAUUUCCUUGGAGGAGUCCUUUUUUUCUUUCCUUCAUUUUCUGAGAAAAUGGUCAUGGGACAAGUGAUUUUUUUUUUUUUUCCAAGUUAUGUCAUUGGGAACCAUCACUUUCUGUUCCACCUGUCAAACCAACCUAAUGUUCAUGGCUUUUGAGGUAUUUUGCAGCUAAUUAUCCAUAUCGUGGGGGAAGAUAAAUGCUCAGGGUGCCUUCCUUGGCCUCUAAAAACGUGAGUGUUUCCAUGAGCCCUUCUGUUGGGAGUACCACAUUCAGGACUUCUUGGGCUUUUGAAGUCUGCUCAUUUGUGACUUGUCAUCAUCAUGCCUGCCACUGCUUCUUGUCUCUUACAGUCUCAGAUCUCAGUGUCCAUUCCACCAAUUCUGGGCUCCUGUCUUUUUGUUACGGUCAUUAUCUCUGAAAGUGCAUCUACCUAGAAGCACCAGAAUGUUGUUGCUAAAUAUCCUUUUAAAAAAAAUGUCGGUUUCCUCUGAUCUUCUAAGAUACUGAUUCCCCUUUGAAAUUCCAGACAUUUCAACACUUGGGUGCACCAGUUGACCUGGACCCUUAUAGAAACGCAGUGUUCCAUUGGGGUCUCCAGAGACUAAGUGAUGGAUUCAGACAAGCUACUCUCCUAGAGCGCCAUCAGCACCCAGUGAGGGCACCUCCGGAUGAGAACUGGCUUCUCUGACUCUACCCGUUGCUUAGUUUCUUCUCUGAAAGUUGCUGUUGAGUUCAAAGUUGACAGAAUAAAAUGGGGAGGAUAGAAGGGAGGUGGGGUGACAGUCCAGGUCAGUUUCCAAUGGCAGGAUGGCUUUUCCUGGGGCAGAGGGGGUGGGGGGGCGCCCUGCUGGCAGCUGGCCCGAGCUCCACUGGAAACUGCUUGAGGGGCCAGAGCUUUUUCUGUGACCGAAUUCUCGCUUUGGAAAUAAUCAAGUAACACUUCUUUAUCUUUUCAUUCUUUCCACCUUUCCCACAGCCUGAUUCCUCAGAGGGAAGGAAGGAAAAGGAAUGCUUUGCAACAAAUGCCCUUAAUGGCAUUAUGGUACUCGCAUUGCUCUGCUGCUUCUGCCCACCCUUCCUGUUUUCUUUGUUUUUAUUUUUAUUUUUUAUUUUUUUGCAGAACUGAACCUUUUUCUGCUCUGCCUUUCUCUCCCGUUUGUCUUUACUUUAUGGUUGGUACUGUACUGUCUUUUCCAAAAUACUUGUCAUUAAAAAAAUUAUACAAAGUGUA